UGGAUAUAAUUUUGAUGUCAUUAAGGAGAUAGUGGUCCAAAUAACAAAAUUGUGCAGCAAAAGACAAGUAAAAGCCUUCAUACUUCUUAACUGUCAUUGAUAGCUUUUGUAACAAAGGACAGAAAAUAAAACAGAAGAUAGAAAAACAUAAAAGUUAGAAACAAGAUAACAGAAAAUUGCCGACAAAAAUGAAGAACCAAAAAAGUAGGACAAAACCCCCAUUUCUUUCAAGGAGCACUAAUAAAAACCCACAUUAUUCCCCUUUUCUUUUAGAUUUUUGGUGUUCUUGCUGAUAGCAAUCUAUGGACAUAAACACAGCUCAGUUAGAUUAGUCAUUUAUAAAUUAUAAGGUGGUAGUCCCUUUGCUUCUCAAUAUGAGGCACAUACGGUUUAUGAAAAUUUGUUUUAACUACUAAUAUGUUCAAACCUCAAAUAUGUGCGUACCUCUAUGUUACUCAGAUACGAAUUGAAUGUCUAUAACGAAUACGAGUGUCCAAGUGUCCGACUCGGCUAUUUUGUAGAAAAAGUUAAGUUUUUAGCUUAAAUGAAGUAUCCAAGUAAAGUGUCGUGUAGGACACGACACGACACGACAUCCCGUUUGUGAGGUAAAUGAAGGUGUUGGAGUAACACUGACGUAUCAUUAUGGAAAGAUACAGAGAGAGUAUUCACCCCUUUUUUCUAUCACGAUAAAAAAAGAAAUCAUACCAUAGCUAUAAAACAUUACAGUUCACAAACAAAUAUCCAAACAGAAACCAAACUCCAAAAAAAGCACUGUUUUAUUAAAAUUGGACAGUGAGAAAAACAAAUUUAAGGAGAGGGAAGAAAGAGAUAAAAUGACUUUACAAUAUAUUAAGAAAAAGGGGACCCCUCCCUUCCUUCAAAGUAAUAAAAUAAAAAUAAAUAAAGGGUAUAAUUUCCAUCAACAUCCUUAGUUAGCAAGAACAGAUAUACAAAAAAAAAAAAAAGAGGAAGAAAAGAAAUAAUAUAAAAUUUGAAGUGCAAGUAAUCUGGAGUUUCUGGCUUUUUGUUCUAUAAACAAAACAUGGGGUUUCCCCCUAUUCUUCAAUCCCAAAGCCACAUCUUCCUUCUUUCUCUAUGCUCCUCUCUCAGCAGCAAUGCCUGCAAAACUAAGCAAUCUCUUCUUACUUUCUCCUAGUUAUACUAAAACUACUACUACUACUUCUACAGUUUUCUCCUACACUUUAUUACUUAUUUUCCUCAACUUCUUCCUUUCUUUCCAUUGUUGUUUUUCCAUUGAUGAGCAAGUUCAGGCUCUUAUAUCAUGGAAGAAUACCUUAAACACCUCUACAGAAACUCUAAGCUCAUGGAAACCUUCGGACCCGAGCCCUUGCAAUUGGCUCGGUAUUCGUUGCAACGACAAAAAACAAGUGGUUCAACUGAGUUUACAGUCAAUGAACUUACAAGGUCCAUUGCCAUCAACUUUGCAACCUCUCAAGUUUCUCAACUCGGUUGUUUUAACAUCCACAAACCUUACAGGUGAAAUUCCCAAGGAGUUUGGUGAUUAUGAGGCCUUGACACUGAUUGAUAUCAGUGAUAAUGCUAUCACAGGAAAAAUACCAGAUGAAAUCUGCAGGUUGCAGAGCUUGCAGACUCUUUCUGUUCAUUCCAAUCAUCUUGAAGGCUCAAUCCCUUCAGACAUUGGUAACCUCUCGAGCCUCGUUUAUCUUACCAUCUAUGAUAAUAAACUGAGCGGCGAAAUCCCACCAAGCAUAGGAAGAUUGCAGAAACUGCAAGUCUUUCGAGCAGGUGGGAAUCAGAAUCUCAAGGGGGAACUUCCUGCUGAGAUUGGGAACUGCAGUAACUUGGUUAUGCUUGGAAUUGCAGAGACUAGCAUUUCCGGUAGCCUACCGAAAUCGAUAGGAAACCUGAAGAAAGUUGAGACAAUUGCAGUAUACACUUCUCUACUGUCUGGUCCAAUACCAGAAGAGAUUGGAAACUGCACUGAAUUGCAGAAUCUAUAUUUGUACCAGAACUCAAUCUCAGGUUCCAUUCCUAAGAGGAUAGGGGAGCUAAAAAAGCUUCAGAAUCUGCUUUUAUGGCAGAAUAGCAUCGUGGGUACUAUUCCUGAUGAACUGGGAAGCUGUACAAACUUGUCAGUCAUAGAUUUUUCUGAGAACUUGCUCACAGGAAGUAUACCCACAAGUUUUGGGAAUCUCUUGGGUUUGCAAGAGCUUCAGCUGAGUGUGAAUCAGCUAACAGGAACCAUACCUCCUGAGCUCACACGCUGCACUGCCCUCACUCAUCUGGAAGUCGACAACAACGAUCUCACAGGUGAAAUUCCAGAAAGUAUUGGAGAAUUAAAGAGCUUGACUCUUUUCUUUGCCUGGCAGAAUAAGCUCACAGGGAAAAUGCCGGUGAGCCUAGCUCAGUGCGAAGAACUGCAAGCAAUUGAUCUCUCUUACAAUAGCCUGUUUGGUCCAAUACCCAGAGAUAUCUUUGGGUUGAGGAAUCUCACCAAGUUGCUCCUACUUUCAAAUGAAUUAUCAGGGUUCAUACCUCCUGAUAUAAGGAACUGUACAAAUUUGUACAGGUUUCGGGUAAAUGAUAAUAAAUUGGGCGGUACUGUUCCAUCCGAGAUUGGGGAUUUGAAGAGCUUAAAUUUCCUCGAUUUAAGCAAGAAUCUCUUCACAGGAAGUUUACCAACUUCUUUGUCAGGUUGCUCAAGCCUGGAAUUUUUCGACGUGCACUCAAACGGGCUCACAGGUUCUCUGCCAGAUGCAUUGCCUAAAAGUCUACAGUUCGUAGACAUAUCCCAAAACAGGCUCACAGGUACUCUACCACCUUCUAUUGGCUCUUUGAAUGAGUUAACUAAGCUUAAUCUGGGAAACAACCAAAUUUCUGGUGAAAUCCCUUCUGGAAUUCUGUCCUGCAAUAAGCUACAAUUGUUAGACCUGGGAAAUAAUGGUUUUUCAGGGGAGAUACCAAAAGAACUGGGUCAACUCCCAGCUUUGGAGAUCUCUCUAAACCUUAGCUACAAUAAAUUUUCAGGUCGAAUUCCUACUCAAUUUUCUAGCCUAACUAAGCUAGCAGUUCUUGACCUUUCUCAUAACGAGCUAAACGGCAACUUGAAUAUCUUAGCAAGCCUCCAAAACCUUGUUUCCUUAAAUAUAUCUUACAAUGAUUUCUCCGGCCAGUUGCCCAACACCCCUUUCUUUCACAAACUUCCUCUUAGCAACCUUGCAGGGAACAAAGCCCUUUACUUAUCCGAUGGGAUAGAAAACACAUCUGAUAAACAUGAACAGCGAGCUCGUUCAACAAUGAAGUUAGCUAUGUCGAUCCUAGUCAGCAUUAGUGCAGUUCUGAUAUUACUAGGAAUCUAUAUGCAAGUCCGUGCUAGAUUGGCUGAUCGAAAGUUAAUAGAAGAUGAAACUUGGGAAAUGACUCUCUACCAAAAGAUGGAUUUCUCAAUAGAAGAUGUCAUCAAGAACUUGAAUUCAGCUAAUGUAAUAGGAACUGGAAGCUCAGGAGUUGUAUACAAGGUAACUAUGCCUAAUGGGGAGACACUUGCAGUAAAAAAGAUGUGGUCUACAGAUGAAACUGGGGCAUUCAGGUCAGAGAUUCAGACCCUAGGUUCAAUCCGCCACAAGAACAUAAUCAGGCUAUUGGGGUGGGGAUCCAACAGAAGCCUUAAACUCCUAUUUUAUGAUUAUCUCCCAAAUGGGAGCUUGAGCUCUCUGCUUCAUGGUGCUGUGAAGGGUGGAGGAGCAGAAUGGGAGGCACGAUAUGACAUUGUUCUAGGGGUGGCUCACGCACUUGCUUACCUGCAUAAUGACUGCGUUCCUGCAAUCUUACACCGGGAUGUCAAAGCGAUGAAUGUGCUGUUGGGUCCUAGAUUCGAGCCUUACCUUGCUGAUUUUGGGUUAGCCACCCUUGUAGAUAACUAUUCAGGGGAUAGAAAUUUAAAAAUCAAUCAGAGGCCACACCUUGCUGGUUCUUAUGGUUAUAUGGCACCUGAACUUGCUUCAAUGCAACGAGUGACAGAGAAGAGCGAUGUCUACAGUUUCGGGGUGGUUUUACUCGAGGUUUUGACAGGAAAACAUCCCUUAGACCCCACAUUACCAGGGGGAGCCAAUUUAGUCCAAUGGGUCCGAAAUCACCUGCAAAACAAAGGUGAUCCAGCUGACAUUCUCGAUGGUAAACUUAAAGGAAGAGCUGAUCCUCAAAUGCACGAGAUGCUGCAGACUUUGGCUGUCUCAUUUUUAUGUGUAAGUAGUCGAGUUGAUGACCGACCUUCAAUGAAGGAUGUAGUGGCUAUGCUUAAGGAGAUUCGACAUGUUGACAGUGCUAGACCCGAGCCUGAUUUAACCAAAGGGACAGCCCAAGCUCUACCAACGCCUUCUCCUAAACGAAAUGUAGCCAGCCAAGGGUCUUCUAACUGCUCAUUUGCUUUCUCUGACGACUCAUUAUGUUAGAUGAAGCCAUUGUUCUGUACAUUUUGAGCUGAGGAAUUACUUAGAGCAGAUAGAAAGCAAAGAUAACUAGGUACUUGUAGAUUAUACUAAUAAUUAGCAGUAAUUUGUAUUAUAAGUUUGUAAUGUAGUAUUAUAACAUCUCGGCAAGGUUAAUUUUUUAAACUAUGUUCCAGAAUUUUUAUGAAGAAAAUGUCUUAUCAUAUAAUGUGAUACGUUUUUUU